AUUUGUUGCUCUCAGACCUUGUUAACCUUAGCCUCUCCGACACCACCGUCAAGAUUUUUGCUGAAUAUAUAUGGAUUGGUGGGUCUGGGAUGGACCUUAGAAGAAAAGCCAGGACUCUUCCUGCCCCAGUAUAUGAUCCUAAAAAGCUUCCAAAAUGGAAUUAUGAUGGUUCAAGCACAGGCCAAGCUCUUGGGGAAGACAGUGAAGUCAUCUUAUAUCCACAAGCAACAUUCAAGGAUCCCUUCAGAAGGGGCAAAAACAUUCUGGUGAUGUGUGAUGCCUAUACUCCUGCUGGUGAACCAAUUCCAACAAAUAACAGAUACAAUGCAGCCAAAAUAUUUAGCCACCCUCAAGUUCUUGCUGAAGAGCCCUGGUAUGGGAUAGAGAAAGAGUAUACUCUGCUGAAAAAGGACGUGAAAUGGCCGAUCGGAUGGCCUACCGGUGGUUAUCCUGGACCUCAGGGACCUUACUACUGCGGUGUUGGUGCGGAUAAGGCCUUCGGUCGGGACAUCAUCGACUCCCAAUACAAAGCCUGCCUUUAUGCUGGUAUCAACAUUAUUGGCAUCAAUGGCGAAGUUAAUCAAGUUACUUAA